CUAUACUUCUGCGUGCAGACUGCAGAUAACAGAUAAUACUAGUGAGAACUUUGUGCUUCCGUUUUGGAGCAGAAAACCUGGUACUUUUUAGCGACAAAAACCAUACUAUUUCGAAGGUUAUGAUAUCAUACUCAUAACAUUUUGAAAACCUUCAACUGGAAAGUAUAGCAGAAUUAUGUGUCAACAAUAUAGGUUGUAGCAACCUCUAGUUCAAGGAAUAAGGAACAUUUUUCAGUUAUUUAACCAGAAUUAAGAAGGAAAUAUGAAUUUCAUAAAGACAAAUGGUGCUUUGUUAAGGGCGCUGAUAAAGUUGCCAUCAAACAUCAAUCAACACACAGCAAGCUUGUCAUCGAUACCACCCCAGAAAUGUAAGAGUGACGUGUAUGUGUCAAUUUGUAUUGAGCGACAACCAGCCAUAACUCAUGAAAAAACCAAGCUAGAAGAAAAAAUGCAAAAAACAUUAAAUGACAUGGAAUUUGAGAAAAGUUUAAAGUCAAAUUUUGAAUUGCUGAAAGAGGGAAAGCUGCACCUGCUGAAAAAGGCCCCAGAAGAAUACAUUGCUCAGUCUGUUGUGGAUAUCGAAGAAAAUUGUCUAAAUGAAUUGAAAAAUAUAAAAACAACCCCCAGGACUUUAGAUGAAAAAACUAAUAAUUUAAAAAGUAAAUUGAGUGAGAGUUUGUUUCUGUUUACUGAGGACGGUACCAAGGGAGAGAAAGAUGCUUUGCUGCCUCCAAAAGGCAUUGUAAAUGAAGGAGAAACAUUGAAACAGGCAGCCAAAAGAAUUUUGAACGAGUCUUGUGGAGAUAAGUUUAAUGCCUUUUUGUACGGAAAUGCCCCUGUUGGAUAUACUGCCCACACAACCAAAGACAAUGCAAGUGGAGAUAAAGUAUUUUAUUUUCUGGCAAGAUAUGAGAGUGGUUCGAUCACCACUAAAACCCAACAUAAAUGGUUGACAGCUAACGAGCUCACUAAAGUCAUACCAGAAAACAUUUAUAAGCAUAUUAAACAUUUAUUUAUAACAUCUAAAUAAAAAGCAGUCCAUUUUAUUGUUGUUAA